CCGCCUCCCGCCCUGCGCGCUCCAGCGCCGCCGCCGCCGCCGCCGCUUCCACAAGAUGGCGGGCACCGUGGCGGAGCGGGACGCGCCGAAAAUCGAGGACGGGCAUUUAAACAACUCCCUGGGAUCCCCGGUGCAAGCUGAUGUGUACUUCCCUCGCCUGAUCGUCCCCUUCUGCGGGCACAUCAAAGGAGGCAUGAGGCCCGGGAAGAAGAUCUUAGUGAUGGGCAUCGUGGACCUCAACCCCGAGAGCUUCGGCAUCAGCCUGACGUGCGGGGAGUCGGAGGAUCCUCCUGCGGACGUAGCCAUUGAACUGAAAGCGGUGUUUACCGACAGGCAGUUUGUCCGAAACUCCUGUGUCGCCGGAGAAUGGGGAGAAGAGCAAUCGUCUAUUCCUUACUUUCCGUUUAUACCGGACCAACCCUUUCGGGUUGAGAUACUUUGUGAGCAUCCCCGUUUUAGAAUAUUUGUGGAUGGACAUCAGCUCUUUGAUUUUUACCACCGUAUUGAAACAUUGUCAGCAAUUGACACAAUAAAGAUAAAUGGAGAUCUUCAGCUUACAAAACUUGGCUGACCUUGUUAGAACUGUACAAUCCAAAGCGGCUCAGGUGCCAUCAUCUGUUUGGAGAAGUGACAGCCAGCUCUGGACACAACUAUAGUAGGAAGGCUGCCCCGUUCCUUUCCCCGUGUGCAGUCCUUUCCUCAUAUGCCGUUGAACUGGGCUGUUGUUUAUCCUAAUGAAGAACAUUGUUGGUUAAUAGACACUGAGCCAUUUUUUCUUGGAUCAAAAUAGCUCACCCGUGCUGGAUAAUCAAAUUGGAAUGGAUUCAGAAAGACUUGCAGUCUUUUUUCUUUUUUAAUCUCACAGAAAGGCAAUUUCUGAAAUGCUGUACUAAAACCAGUUACAGAAGAGCAGCAACAACAAAGAAGUUUUUCUUUUGCAUAUAUUGUUUCUGCACUGAAGUGGAGUAGUGUAGCACAACACAGGGUCACGUGCUGAGGCCCUUACACAGGGCCGGAGCCUGGUUCCAUGGAAAUCGGUGGCAAAACGCGCGUUCACUUUAAUGGGGUACGAUCAAACUGUCUAGUCCUUAGUCAAGCACAAUUCCCACUGAUGUCUAUGGGAUUUUUGCACAUACCUGGGGGCCAGCUUUUCUGCUGGUGUAAAUCAGCUUGCCUCCAUUGCUUGCAAUGGAAUUUCACGGAUUGCUCCGACCCGCUGAUCUGGCCCAAGGACUGUGUAAAAACUGAAUGAGGGUGUCAGGACACAGCCUGUAUAUUUUAGUCAGGGUAUUUGCAUAGAAUGUAGAUCGUUACAAGUUUUUGCACAAUGUAUUGUUAAUACAAUUUUUAAAGCUUAUCUGUAGUUUAUUUAUUUAUACUCAUUGUAUGUAUUAUUAGAAAAAUGAACUAUUACUGAUCGUUAAGAAGAGCAAAGUGUAAACAUUUUGAAUGUACAAAAUGUCUUAGGUUCUUUUAAACUUAACAUAUCAUUCUUGAAAAAUCAUGUUUCCUAUUGAACAUUUAGUUACAUUUUGGUGAAGCCCUCUAGGCCCUGGGAAAAUGUGGGAGUGGUAGUUGGUGGGGGCUGGGGGGAACUCUUCACAUAUUUGCUAUAAACUGUUUUUCAGGGCUUUCUAACUUUGCUGCACGGGAUAGGUUUGAAUUAAGAUCAGUCUGUUUUUAAAACUUAAAUAGCAAAUUUGUAGGUUAAGCUGAGCUUUUUUAACUCGAAAAAUUUAAAUUUGGAAAUCUCUUAGUUCAGCAACUAGCCUCUUUCCUGAGGAGAUGGGAGAUUUUCUGCACUUAUUUAAGAAAAUAUUUGGCCUUUGAUAUGACAAUUAAAACUUGUCUAGACAGCCAAGUUAUUAAUGCUUGAAAAUCAGCUACUGCACAUGAAUAAUAACUUUUCAAGUAGCUUUUUAAAUACUAGGUAUAGCUGUAUAAACACAGUCAUUGUGCUACACUAUAAGUGAACACAGCCACUUUUCUUGACUUCUUUAGGAUGACACUUUUUCCUUGGCUGCUCACAAUAGACUAUAGCAGGUCUUUCUGAGUAGUUGUGGUAUAAAUGUAUAUUUAGGCAAUUUUGAAAACGUGUAAUAUAGGGACUUUCUCAAACAUAGACUACAAACGCAAUUUUUGUAGCAUAGUGGUUUUUUUUAAAAAAAAAAAGGGGGGGGGAAAGAAUUUCACAAACUGUGUUAAGCUCACAAUGAAGAAGUGGUUUAAGGCAACCAGAACUGGAAUAUCCAAAGUUAAGGAUAGGAUGCAAGUUACAAAGCCUCAUUUUGCGCUAAUUUGGCCUGCAGUUAAGAAGCCUUAGACUGCAAGCUGAAAUUCCAGCUAUGGCUGCAGUCCAAAGCCUGUUGAGGUCAGUCAGAGUCCUCUGAGCACAAAGGCAUAAAGGCCUGAUUCUGAUUUCACACAGCGUAAAUCUCUCUGUAAAGCCAAUGGGGUGCUGCUACUGAGAAUGAGUUGAGAAUCAAGCUGCCACCUACAAAUUAAAAGUUUAAAAUGGAAGUUUUAGCCUUAAUGUUCAAAUUCCCUGACUUUUUCCAAAUUAAGCCAGAGCCUGUUAUUUUUCAGAUGAUCUUUUUGUUUGAUGUGUGGCUUCAGGAUUUACGUUGAACUCUGUACUACAGAUUGAAUCUUGAUAUGAAAUAUUCUGGUCUUGCUCUGUUUUUAUUCUUUUACAUGAUACAUGAUGAUGGCAUCAUUUUCCAUUGUAUAAAGAAUGCUGACAGUGUUUUGGUACAAAAUAUAUUCUUUAAAAAUAAUAAUAAUAAAAAUCCAAGGGAAAGGUGCUUCUACA